AUGAGCAGCGCCUGCUCCCGGCGCUGGGCACUCGCCAUGGACACUGUGAAAACCACCUACAUCGUGCUGGAGCUCAUCAUCGCCGUGCUCUCCAUCGCUGGCAACGUGCUGGUCUGCUGGGCUGUGGCCAUCAACAGCACCUUGAAGAACGCCACCAACUAUUUCCUGGUGUCGCUGGCCGUGGCUGAUAUCGCCGUGGGGUUGUUGGCCAUCCCUUUCGCCAUCACCAUCAGCAUUGGCUUCCAGGUGGAUUUUCACAGCUGCCUCUUCUUCGCCUGUUUCGUGCUGGUGCUGACCCAAAGCUCCAUUUUCAGCCUGCUGGCGGUGGCCAUCGACAGGUACCUGGCUAUUAAGAUCCCACUGAGGUACAACAGCCUGGUGACCGGCAAGCGAGCGAGGGGACUCAUUGCAGUGCUGUGGCUCCUGUCCUUUGGGAUUGGACUGACCCCACUGAUGGGCUGGAAUAAAGCCAUGAGUGGCUGUCCCAAUGCCACCAACGAGACAGGGGCUGAGCCUGGGACACAGCCCCACGGGGGACAGAGCUGCUUCAUCUCGUGCCUCUUUGAGAACGUGGUGACCAUGAGCUACAUGGUCUACUUCAACUUCUUCGGCUGCGUGCUGCUCCCGCUCGUCAUCAUGCUGGGGAUCUACAUCAAGAUAUUCAUGGUGGCCUGCAAGCAGCUGCACCAGAUCGAGCUGAUGGGCAACUCCAGGACCACCCUGCAGAAGGAGGUGCAUGCAGCCAAGUCUCUGGCCAUCAUUGUGGGGCUUUUUGCAUUCUGCUGGCUGCCCCUGCACAUCUUGAACUGCAUCACGCACUUCCACAAGGACUUCUCCAGAUCCAAGCCCGAGUGGGUGAUGUACGUGGCCAUCAUCCUCUCCCACGCCAACUCUGUCAUCAACCCCAUCAUCUACGCCUACAGGAUCCGGGAUUUCCGCUGCACCUUCCGCAAGAUCCUCUCCAAGAUCCUCUGCAAGGCCGACGACUUCCCCAAGUGCCCCUCUGACAACAACCAGCACCUGACUGUCAUCAACAUCAGCUCCCCCGUGGCCUCGGUGACCGUAUGA